UAUAAUGCAAUGUCAGUGCAAAAGCUAUGAUACUCCAUGUAUUCUCGUACACGGUGAUGUCGGAAAUAUCUGUGAUGCGCAUAUUAUUGAAAAAAUGACGAGUUGUAAAAACGCGGCCUCCACUGGAUAUGCAAGUUUAUUAAGUGGCGCAAGUUCCGUACAAGCAGUUGAAAUUGCAUUAUGGUGGUUGGAAUGCGAUGAAUUUUUUAAUUGUGGCUACGGCUCAGUUUUAAAUGAUAUAGGAGAUGUACAAAUGGAUGCGUGUAUAAUAGACGGUUUGAAAUUGGAAUGUGGAUCUGUAGCCGCGAUAUCAGAUGUAGAACAUCCGAUAUCUCUCGCCAGAUAUGUCUUGGAUAAUUUUCCUAAUUCUAUCAUAGUAGGAGAAGGUGCAAGAAAAUUGAUAGAUUAUGCAAAAUUAAAUCAGUUGUCUCAAGGAAACAUGAUAGCGCCUAUGGCAUAUUUAGCUUACGAUAAAUUAAAAGAAAUAGACAGUUCUGAUAUUAAUUUGGAUGUUGAACAGCCGCUAGGAACAUUAAAAAAUGGUGGGAAUACUGUUGGCUGUAUAGCUUAUGAUGGUUAUGCUAUAGCAUCAGGUGUUACAAGUGGUGGUUUAAACAAAAAAUUAAUGGGCAGUGUAGGCGACUCUUCUAUGUUUGGUUACAGCACGUAUGCUGAUCGAGAUAUAGGAUGUUCUUUAACAGGUCAUGGAGAAUCUAUAAUGAAACUUGGUUUAUCAAGAACCAUUGCAAUCAAUAUCGAAGAAGGAUGCUCUCCGCAAAAAGCGUUAAGGAAAAAUCUCGAUUAUAUGUCAACUAGAUAUAAUCAUACUUUUGGUGGGAUUGUAUUUAAGAGAUCCGGAGAAUGGGACGUGUAUUUCACCUCGUAUAAAAUGCCGUAUGCUGUAAUUAUGAAUGAUUGCGUGACUUUUGGUAUAACUUUAGAUGAAAGAAACGUGGAAAAGUACACCGAGUAUCGAAAAGGAUCGGAAAGGAUAUCGUGCAAUUGCAGUUAUCCUUUUGUAAAUAGUUGUAUUUUACAACGAAAUAUAAUACAAACUUUGAGUUUCGAUCGUGCACUAUUGUUCUUAUUUCAUUCUCGUUUCUCUUUAUUAUCAUGAAUAUUAACGUGUGGGUUUUCUUUUUUCAGUGCAA